GACCCAACCGCUCACCGGAAACCGGAAAACGUCAUUUGCGCAUGCGCGGAUGUCAGUCUUCCUUUCCGACGCUCGAGCGAAAAGAGACAAGAUGGGCCACCAGCAGCUCUAUUGGAGUCACCCCCGAAAAUUUGGACAGGGAUCCCGAUCCUGCCGGGUUUGCUCGAACAGACAUGGUCUGAUCCGUAAAUACGGACUCAACAUGUGCCGCCAGUGCUUUCGGCAGUAUGCCAAGGAUAUCGGCUUUGUCAAGCUGGAUUAAAUGUCACGUUGUGCAGAAACAUCCGCCAAUUGUUACCUGAAUGGCUGGAUGAAUGGAUGAUUCCUGAGACACUGCAAAUAAAUGUUGUUUUUCCCUUAUUGGAAUGCUUUGUUUUCAAUUCUGAAAAUGACAUGUUUGCAAAUUAAACUGGUCAUGACAAAUUG